CAACAUGGCGGCCCCGGCGACCCGUAGCUGCGGGAUUUGAAUUACUACUUGAACUGCUGCGUCCGGGCGAUGGCGUGUCCUGCUUCGUGUGGCUCGCGUCAAAGCUCAGAUGAGCUCCCUGCAGAUCCCUGUUUACCAGAAGGUGAUGAGGAUUGUGAUUCUGAAGAUCCGGUUAGCGACGCGGGUUCAUACUCUUCAGCGAGUAGCGAUUAUGAUGACCUUGAGCCUGAAUGGCUGGACAAUGUGCAGAAAAAUGGAGAAUUAUUUUAUUUGGAGUUGAGUGAGGCUGAAGAAGAAAGCCUCCUUCCUGAGACACCUACUGUGAAUCAUGUCAGGUUCAGUGAAAAUGAGAUUAUUAUUGAAGAGGAUGAUUACAAAGAAGGAAAAAAGUAUGAACCCAAACUCAAACGGUUUACCAAAAUUUUAAGAAGUAAAAGACUUUUACCCAAGCACUAUAAUAAAAAAAAUAGCAAUGACAAUGGACCAGUGUCCAUUCUAAAGCAUCAGUCCAAUCAGAAAACAGGAGUCAUUGUCCAGCAGAGGUACAAAGACGUAAAUGUUUAUGUAAACCCCAAAAAGCUAACUGUCACCAAAGCCAAAGAGCAGCUCAAGCUUCUAGAAGUACUGGUUGGGAUUAUUCAUCAGAGCAAGUGGAGCUGGAGAAGAACUGGAAAACAGGGCAGUGGAGAGAGGCUUGUAGUCCAUGGCCUGCUGCCAGGAGGAUCUGCUAUGAAGAGUGGUCAGAUAUUAAUUGGUGAUGUCCUAGUUGCUGUGAAUGAUGUUGACGUCACCUCUGAGAACAUAGAGAGAGUUCUGUCUUGCAUUCCUGGACCUAUGCAGGUGAAACUGACAUUUGAAAAUGCAUAUGCUGUGAAAAAAGAAACAACUCAACCAACACAGAAAAAGGCACAACCAAAUACAAAUGAUUUAGUUAAACUUUUAUGGGGAGAAGAGGCUGAAGGUAUACAGCAGAACAUCCUGAACACGCCGCAUAUUGUUAUGUAUCUCACACUACAGCUCGACUCAGAAACGUCAAAGGACGAGCAAGAAAUUAUUUAUCAUUGUCCAGUAUCUGAUGCAUCUCAGAAACUAAAAAGUGUGCGAGGGAUAUUUCUCACACUCUGUGACAUGUUGGAAAAUGUAACUGGGACACAAGUUACGAGUCUGGCCCUCAUAAUACCUUCUAGCUCCAUCCAUGUUAAGUUCUGGGUUUUUUUAGAUAUGUAUUAUUUGAUUAGGUUGUAAAUAGAUGUAUUUUUACCUUUUUUUAGAGUUCCUCUUCCUCAGCUAAGGAAUAUGAUAGAAGAUGUUGCUCAGACCUUAAAAUUUAUGUAUGGUUCUUUAGAUAGUGCCUUUUGCCAGGUUGAGAAUGUUCCUCGUUUGGAUCAUUUUUUCAACUUGUUUUUUCAAAGAGCACUUCAGCCUGCUAAACUACAUUCCAUUGCCAGUCCCAGGGCACAACAGUAUGAUGCUUCCAGUGCAGUACUCUUAGACAGUCUCCCUGGAGUUCGGUGGCUCACACUUCCACAGGAAAUUAAGAUGGAAUUAGACACAGCACUGAGUGAAUUGGAGGCUGCAGAUUUCGCAGAACUGUCUGAGGAUUACUAUGACAUGAGGCGGCUGUAUACAAUUUUAGGGUGUUCUCUAUUUUACAAGGGUUAUUUGAUAUGCAGUCAUUUGCCUAAGGAUGAUCUUAUUGAUAUUGCUGUAUACUGUCGCCACUAUUGCCUACUGCCUUUAGCAGCAAAACAAAGAAUUGGUCAAUUGGUAAUAUGGAGAGAAGUAUUUCCUCGACAUCACCUCCAACCUUCUACAGACUCAAGCACUGAAGUCUUUCAGGAACCUGAAGGGAGAUAUUUUUUGCUAAUUAUUGGCUUGCGACAUUAUAUGUUAUGUGCACUGUUAGAAGCUGGAGGCUGUGCAUCCAAAGCUACUGGGAAUCCUGGGCCAGACUGUAUCUAUGUCGAUCAGGUCAAAACAACUCUUCACCAACUGGAAGGAGUAGAUUCCCGAAUAAAUGAACGGCUAGCAUCUUCACUCCCCUCUUUGUCUUGUGCUGACUGGUUUCUUGCUGGAUCACAUGAAAAAUUAGAUGGUUUGACAACAUCACCCAUCCUCAGUAGGCUACAAGGUACUUCCAAACUAGCCACCUCUCCAAAAUGCAGAAGAACUCUUUUUGGUGACUAUUCCCUAAAGACACGUAAGCCCAGUCCUUCACGAAGCAGUGGAGGAUCUGACAAUUGUGGAAGUGGAGAAGGUGUUGGCCUGAGCCCCCACACUACUCCAGAUGCAAUACAAAGGCAAAGAGAAUCUCAGAGCUCUGAUGGUUCAGAAGAAAGCGGGACCUUGCUGAAGAUCACUAAAAAGAAGUCUGCUCUUCCAAAUCCAUUUCAUUUUGGGAACUUGAAAAAGGACCUUUCAGAAAAAGAAUUGGAAAUAUAUAACACAAUGAAAUUGACAUCUGGUCCUGAGAACACACUUUUCCACUAUGUUGCCUUAGAAACAGUGCAAGGGAUCUUUAUUACUCCUACCCAUGAAGAGGUGGCACAGCUAAGCGGUUCUAUCCACCCCCAGCUAAUAAAGAAUUUCCAUCAGUGUUGUCUCUCCAUUCGUGCAGUUUUCCAACAGACAUUGGUAGAAGAGAAAAAGAAAGCACUAAAUGGUGGAGAUCAUUCAGGUUCUACAAAUUCAAUGUCUUCUCUUAACCCUGUGAAGGAACAUGGUGUGUUAUUUGAAUGCUCACCUGAAAACUGGACUGAUCAGAGGAAAGCACCGCCAGUUAUGGCUUACUGGGUAGUAGGGAGACUCUUUCUUCAUCCCAAACUUCAGGAACUUUACAUCUGUUUUCAUGACUCAGUCACAGAAAUUGCCAUUGAAAUGGCUUUUAAGUUAUUCUUUGGAUUAACCUUAUAGCUUUGUUUCCCUGAUGCACAGCAACACUGCACGUGGAGCAUAGAAUUGCCGAAAUCCACACACAAAGAGAGAAGUUUUAGCUUCUUCUCAUUGCUCAGUAUUGCACAUAAUGUUAAAUAUUGAGAUGACAUGUUAGAUUUGAUGCACUAAAUCCUACAUAGUAUUGAGAGACUUUUGAAAAGAUACUUGAUCAAAAUAUAAGAAAGGGAUUAAUUUAUUUCCAUUUGGCAUAUAAUGUUAAUAUAUUGAUGAAUUUGAAAUAAUAUGAAAUGUAUAUAAAAUUAAUAUAGGAUAUGUUUAUCAUGGAAAAAUACCCAAUUCAUUGUGUAUUUUUGUCAAGACUAAUAUUGAUACCUGGUAAAAAAUCAUGAAAGUGGGAAGACACGACCAUGUCCCAUACUGAUUAGUGAUGUGGCCAUAAGUCUUUGUACCGCUCUGAGCUCAGGGUUUUCAUGUACAAAUAAGAUGAUGCAUUGAAGUUUCUAAAGUCCCUAUAAAGUAAACUGUGCAAUUAUUUUUCCUCUUGCCUACUGGUAACCACCUAAGUUUUUAAUGUCCAAGUAUUGAUUCCUUAUGAGAUCAGAUACUUUUCUUUAGUUUAAGUAUUUUAGUAGAUAACCUCACCAGGUAGGGGGAAAAGCAGAAGAAUGAUACUAAACUUAUUUUGUAUUUAUUUGAUUUUCUUUACUCUUUCAAGUCAGCUGUUUUUUGACUGGGAUAUAUUUUUUAAAUUAUUUGUCUAUAACCUUUCAGUAUUUUGUUUUUGUUGACAUAUAUGGUCAGGUACACACACAUACAGCUCAGGAACUUAAGGAAAGUUAUAUGUACAUCUUUUUUAAAAACUUCAUUAUAUGAAAAACACUGAAGAAGUUGUCUAAAGAAAUCCUAUAGGACUUCUGUUAAAUACUUAUUUUUGCUUUACAAAUGUGGAUCAUUAUAUAUUGAAUUUUCCCAAAGAGGGACACUUUAAUGAGCAACAGCUCACUUGACUUUUAGUGGAGAAAGAAAACUAAUGGAAUGAGAAUUUUCUUGGGCUGUGAGAAUUUGGUGGUUUGAGAGAAAGGAAGGACGUAAUAAAAAUACUGCAUUUUUAUUUGCCCAGUGGAUCCUCCUGAUGUUUCAGAUGCCCUCAAGACUUUAUAAUCUUGGUUCUUUCUUCUUUAGGACUUAAGCUUUGAAGGCAAAUUAUGCCAGCACAUCUAAGGUCAGUCUCAGCAUUAACCCCCACCUUAAAUAUGAGCCCUCCAGCUCAGUCAGAACUAACUGCAAAACAUAGUGGGUGCAUCAUUUUAAAUAUUCGGUCUUAAAAGAAACACUAUUACCCCUCUGUCAUCAGCUUAAGAGAGUUUACCCAGGUGUUUAAUAUGCAAAGCACUGUAUUUGUCCCAUUAAUGCCUUGUGGGCCUUAACUUUAUCAUUAAGGUCAGGGCAGAAAAUCCUGGUUCUUGAAAUGUAGAAAAUGGCUUGAUUUAUCCUUAAGGUCACAAUUAUUAGUCGCAUGGUAGAUAGACUCUUAAAUACUCUUAAAUACUCUUAAAUAUGUACAUAUAUUACGGGCAUUAAGGCACUUUGGUAGUAUUUACUAAAUGUCUUAAAUUUCUUGGUAUAUCCCCCAAACACCAUGAGCUAUUUUUAAUUACUGAGAGUUCUUAAUGCAGAUACUGAUCACCAUAGAUUUUCAAACAGACUAAACUAAAACUUGAGGUUUUAUGAUAAGGGACUUUUUUUGUUUCAUUUGAUGAAAAUUUGUUCAGUUGAACUGCUUUCCUGGUGUCAAGGACUAAUGAGACCACUGCUCAAAAGCUGAAAUAAGAAGACAAAGAGGACUACCGAUCUCAAUUAGGGGGAAAUCAUUUGCCAUAAUGUAAUGUCUAUGUUGCAGAGACAUUGCAUUUUUAAUAAAACCAGACAUUAUCUUGGUUUUCAUCUCUAAGUAGAUAUUGAAGUAAGCCUUGUAAGUAAACUUAGCUGCCCAUUUUUCCAAAUAUGUUCAGAUUUAUAUCUAAAAGUAGAUCAAUCUGACUGUUGGACAGUAAGUACCUAUCUGCCACUUUAUUAAACAAAGAGGGACAAAGUGAUAGUGCAGAUGCCCCAGAGGUAUGCUUUAAUAGAUGCAGAAACAUUCUUAAGCUGGAUUUUAUUAGCAUCCUGAAAAUGGUCCCUUUCACCAAAGACUAGAAGUGCAAAAGAUUCUACAAUUACCAUUUUAAAAAAUACCAAGUACUGUCUUAUCACUGUCCCCAAACUGUAUUUUAGACUCUACCCCCUCUUUAGUCUCUUUUUGUUUGUUUCUUCUGUACUUAGUAAGGGAGAGUUUCUUAUGGUGCCAAGGAAGUGUUGAUGAUGCAUACUGGCAAGAUAGUAAAUUUGCAGUUCCACAUCUCUAAUACAAAGGGAAACGCUGUGAACCAAUUUACUAGGUUUGUCUGCUUUGAACAUUCUUGAAAAAUAAUAUUGUGAAUAAGUAUUUGUUGUCCAUGUGAAUUCCCUCUAAAUAGUCCUGGCACCUGUUAUGUGCUGUGAAAGCAUUAGCUAUUACUACUGAAACCGUUUAACAUUAAUAAAUAUCCACUAGUUGAUAACCAAGGAGUCAGCUAAAUCAUACAUGCUGCUGUACAAAAUACUGGAAAGAAGCUGCAAAAAAGUAUCCAACACUAAACACUUCUGAGAACAAGGAUUUAUACUUAGGAUAUUUUAAAGUGUAUUAUUAUAUGUUACUAAGACUUUAAUCUAUACACAAACUGUGUGAAAAUAAUUUAAUUUUACAAAGUUGUAUUUCUGUAUUCUAUAUAAUUGAUGCUAUUUUUGUACUGCAUUGAUAGUUUUUAAUAAAGAUGGUUUGGA